AUGGACGACGACGCUUCGUCAGUAAACGGACAAGCAUCCCCACCGGGUUCUGUGUCACCAUUUGUCGGGGCAUCACCAGAUGAUCAAGAAGUUUCAUCGCCAAAAGGAUCUACGGAUGGACGAUCCCCACAGGAUGAAGAUUUCCAAAGGGUUUUGUCCCCGAGAGACGAUAGUCCCGCCGCUUCUCCUUCCCAUGCGUCCGCGUCCGCAUCAGCAGCGUCAUCGCCAGCCUACAGGGAACAGGACGACUCAGGAGAUGAGUUCAAUGCCGACAGUCCAAAUGUUCCUGGUUCCCCAGAAGCCGAUUUCACCACUGGAAAUGGUGAUCAAACUGAGGCAUAUGAACCGAAAUCCCCGAGUUCUCCUGUCCAAAAGGAAGGUCUCCCGUCGUCACCACCUCCGUCAUCGCCACAGCAUGAGCAGAGCCCUCCUUCAAAAUCACCACAACAAGACGGAAAUGAAAGUGACGAGCAGAAAAGCCCUAAAGAAGCGGACGUGAAAUCAGAUCGAGAAGAAGGCACCCCGGAACGUCCAAAGAGUGCUGCUUCAAGCGACGAAGGUGAAAGUAAAGUACGAAAGAGACGUGUAAUCGAUUCAGAUGAUAGUGAUAACGAAAAUGACAACGAUAACGAGGAGACUUCUAGAAAAAAUCUUCUCGAUUCCGAUGAUUCUGACGACGAUGAAAUGGAUGAAGAACAGAGGAAGAAGAAGCUUGGUAAACUGAUUGUAAAUAUAUUCGGUGAGGAUAUUGAAGAAGAUGGAGAAGGAGGACGUGAUGAUGACGAUGGAGAGCAAGAAGAAAGACAUAGGGAAGAGGCUAACCAAGAAGAUGAAGACGAUUAUGUUCAAGAUAGACAUAAGGAUGACGGCAGAGAUAGAGCGGGAUUUGAAUGGGAUUUCGACCUGAUGUUGCGGGAAAAGAAAGCAGAAAGAAAGAAGAAGAGGAAGCGACGCGGUGAUGGGAUUGAUAUAAUCAACGAUGAUGAUGGGAUUAUUGCCCAUAUGGUAAAUGCUAUGAAGAAUGCCGCCAAGGAAACCCCUCACGUAAAGCUUGCUGCGGUUUGCUUGGCUCGAAGCGAUGACGUUAAGCUCGCACUGCUUUUCUAG